GUGGCGAUGGUGGAAGUCCAGCUGGACACGGACCACGACUAUCCACCAGGGUUGCUCAUUGUCUUCAGUGCCUGCACCACAGUGCUGGUGGCCGUCCACCUGUUUGCCCUCAUGAUCAGCACCUGCAUCCUCCCCAACAUCGAGGCUGUGAGCAACGUCCACAACCUCAACUCGGUCAAAGAGUCUCCCCACGAGCGGAUGCACCGCCACAUCGAGCUGGCCUGGGCCUUCUCCACCGUCAUCGGGACGCUGCUCUUCCUGGCCGAGGUCGUACUGCUGUGCUGGGUCAAGUUCUUACCCCUCAAGAAACAGUCAGGGCAGCCAAGCCCCACCAAGCCCCCCGCGGAAGCCGCCGCCGCCCUGGCCAACAGCAGCAGUGGCGGCAUCACCCCGGGUGAAGCGGCGGCCAUCGCCUCCACGGCCAUCAUGGUCCCCUGCGGCCUGGUUUUUAUUGUCUUCGCUGUCCACUUCUACCGCUCACUGGUCAGCCAUAAGACGGACCGGCAGUUCCAGGAGCUCAACGAGCUGGCUGAGUUUGCCCGCUUGCAGGACCAGCUGGACCACAGAGGGGACCAUUCUCUAACACCCGGCACGCAUUACGCCUGAGUCCUCACCUUCCCACUUGGCCCUGCGGAGGAGCUUUUCGCCUCGCGCCCUUCCCCACCCAUGACCUUGUCCUGGCCCAGUCUAGAGGACGGCCUGUGCGGGCAGCUGGGCUUCACCAGGGCCGGGUGUGCAGGGAAGAGGCUUUAAAAAAAAAAAAAAAAAAAAAAUCACUGCACUUUGAGACUUUCUUCUGGGAGAAUAAACACGCUCUGUUCUUCCAGCUCUGGGUCCUCCUCCUGGUAGGAUGUAGGGGGGUGGGAAUGGGACACAUGCUCUCUUUGUCCGGAUCCCCUCCUCAGUGCCACCCGGAUGUUUCCUGUCCUGUCGUCCUCAGCCUCCUUCCUGGUGUGUGUGUGAGAGGGUGAAUGUGUGUGUAUGUGUGUGUGUUGCAUAAAAUAGACUCACAAGGGACACUUCUUCCUCAUGUCUGUGUUUGUUGGGCCUGGGUUGCCUGAUAGGAUGUCCCAGUCAGGUGAGCCACUAACAAUCGAGAGAAAGGAGCCGGGUGGUGGGAGCGCACACAUUUAAUCCCUGCACUCAGGAAGCAGAGCC